GCAGCUCGAAGCAACAUGGAAUUUAGACCGCUCAGUUGCCGCUGCUGCAAGCCAAUCAGAAAUCGACAACUCGCUACUACAACUACUUCCGGUUACUUUGAGUUUGUAAACGCGAGCAGCGAGCGGGUGUUGAGAGAAACCGAGAGAAAGUUGCCAUCCUGCUUUGUUUCCAGAAGACCGAAUUACUGUUGCAUUGCAAGUAUUGCAUUUUGCAUUAAAGUUGCAUUGCAAAUCGUCAUGAUGAAGUGUCUGGUGUGCGUGCUGUCACUGUGCGUGGCGUUGACGGUGGUUUUGGCUGUGAAGGAGGCCCACGCUCCACACGACCCUCUGGGAGGGGAGAAAGAGAUUGAUGGAGAGAGGAACAAGCACCGGGACCAUGAAGCUGUGCUGGGAUCCCGUCAUGAUGCUGAGGAAGCUGAUGAGCUGAGCUCAGAACGAGCCAAAGAGCUGCUGGAGAAGCUGGCCACGAAACACGACUUGGACGGAGAUAAACGUAUCUCCAAGGAUGAGUUCAUCACAUGGAUUCUGCAGUCUUUCAAGUCACUGGAUGCGGAGGAGGCAUUGGAGCGUUUCAAAGAGGAGGAUGUUAAUCACGACAACAUAAUUGGUUGGGACGAGUACCUGAAGCAGCAGUAUGACUACUCUCUGGAGGAUAUGAAGAAGAUGAGGGCACAACCUGACGAGGAUGAUAACAAGAAUAUGGUUGAGAUGGUGGAUGAGGAUGAGAGGCGGUUCAAUGGCGCUGACCUGGACAAGAGUGGGUCACUAGACAAGAGCGAGUAUGUGGCUUUCUAUCACCCAUAUGACUUUGAGCACAUGCACCAGUACGAGAUUGAGAGAGGCAUCAAGGACUAUGACAAGGAUGGUGAUGGCCAGGUCUCAAUGAAGGAGUUUGUUGGAGAUGUUGAUGAUAUGGAGUCCAGGACGACAGAGGAGACCCAGUUCAAGGGCUAUGACAAGAACGGUGAUGGUUUCCUGCAGGGCAGUGAGUUGAAGAAGUGGCUGGUGCAGGACAACAUGGACUCUGCUGUGGAGGAGGUGGACCACCUCAUGGAUGUGGCAGACGGGGACAAAGAUGGCUUCCUCACCUUCCCCGAGAUCAGGGAACACCAGGAGGAGUUUGUCAGCAGCCAGGCAACAGAUUAUGGCACGACAUUGGAGAAAAUGAGAGACGAGUUGUAACUGUGUCCUGCUCUAGACGUGUACAUACUCUCUUUUUCAUUCUUCACCAUGGCAGUUUCUUGUCAUGUUGCCAUGUUAUUUGAAUCAUGAGUGGUGUGCUGCUUGUCUGUCUGAAUGGAAGUGUGUAACCGAUAGCUUUCUUGUAAAACUCCAUAGAUGUAUCCUGCUUCUGACUGAAAACAGUAGCUUGGGUACCCAGUGUGCUUUAACCAGACACAAAUACAGACAUAAAUGAGACAGAACUACAGACACGGCAACAAACACGACGACAGACAAACAUUCAGACACACCUAUAAACACAACUUCAGACACAUCAACAGUAACACCUACAGACACAUCAAACACCGGCAACAAACAAUUCCAGACAAAAUCUCAUUAAGAUCAGAUCUAUUACGCUGAUAGCAUACCUCUCCACACAAACAACUGAGGACUCAUUCAUGAAGAGUCGCGUCCAGUGAAUGUUCUAAUCAGCCAAUCAGCAUCAAGGCUUUUCAUUUCUCAGCAGAGUGAGCAAGGCAUUCAGACAAGCAUUUCUGAAUUUGAUAUCUCGAUAUUGAUCGAAAACAACAACUUCUGAAUGUAGAUCAAUAAUUCUUCAUUUAACUGGACAGUCAGACUUCACUCAGGGUUCAUGUGACGUGACUUCCUAUGGAAAGGUCUGUCCUCAGAGAGGUGUUAGACCUGAGUAACAGACCUUAAUUUUAUGAUCAAUACAGAACCACAGAGAGACACACAAACCAAAGAGACAAGCCCUUCUACUUACUUAAUCACCAAGCACAAGGAAGAAACCGCCAUACUUUUAUCCUUUUAAGAAUCAUUUGAGACAGGAGGCACUUUAUGAUGUGCUUUAAUGAAUGUAAGGCACUGGGCGUGUAUUACAGGGGAGGGUGGGUCAGAGGUAAUCAGGGGAGGGUCCCCCCAAAAAUUACAGUCUCUAUGGGAGGGUCAUAAACAAUAUCUACACAUAUUUUGGGAGGGUCAUGACAAUGGACAUUUUAUAAUAAAAUAUAACAUGCUUUUGCAUUUUGUCUUUUGAGGGAGGGUCAUCCAAAAAAGGUACAAGGUCAUGGGGAGGGUUGUCCAAAAAUGUGACAAGCAUUAGGGGGUCUUUAUUUUCUGUACAUAAGUGCAUAAAAAAACUCUAAAAUACACGCACACACGCACACACACACACACAUAUAUAUUCAUACCCCUGCAAUAAAUGACCGGUCCCUAGCUACUUACAGUGUAUUGUUCUGGUGUACAGGCCUGACCUGAAUUCUUCAAGCUACUAGUUGCAUCACAGGAGAGUGACAUAGCUACAUACACUUCACGUUUUAAUUCUUCCAGUCAGAUGUAUAUAUUUGUACUGAAAAGGCUUUAAACAUCAUCCUGACGUGCCAUGUAAUGAAAAGUUGUUGUUUUCAUGAAAUAUUUGAACAUAUUGUAGUUGUCAUGAAAUAUUGGAAUAUAAGGAAUGUAUGAAAGAGGCAUUAGACAUGGAUGUUGCUGUGUGGAGACAAGGGGGGUGACUCUUCAGGAUGUGAAUGAAUGAAAUCCAAUGUCUGAUAUCAACAUAAUGUUUAAUGGCAUUAUUUACUGGUCAUUGUCUGGUGACGUGGUUGGUGUUUGUUGUUGCAUAGAGGUACCUGGACCAUUUAUGUGUUAUAGUCAGGUAGACAUCAAACAAUGGUUGGAAUAUGAGGACCAAGGUAUUGUGUGUGUUGACCCUUCAUGGAGGAGAAUGUGGUGACUGGUUACCUACAAGUGGCUUGGUUACCUGCAAGUGGCUAGGUUACCUGCAAGUGGCUAGGUUACCCGCUAGUGGCUAGGUUACCCGCUAGUGGCUAGGUUACCCGCUAGUGGCUAGGUUACCUGCAAGUGGCUAGGUUACCCGCUAGUGGCUAGGUUACCCGCAAGUGGCUAGGUUACCUGCAAGUGGCUAGGUUACCCGCUAGUGGCUAGGUUACCUGCAAGUGGCUGGGUUACCCGCUAGUGGCUAGGUUACCUGCAAGUGGCUAGGUUACCCGCUAGUGGCUGGGUUACCUGCAAGUGGCUAGGUUACCCGCUAGUGGCUAGGUUACCUGCAAGUGGCUGGGUUACCCGCUAGUGGCUAGGUUACCUGCAAGUGGCUAGGUUACCCGCUAGUGGCUGGGUUACCCGCAAGUGGCUAGGUUACCUGCAAGUGGCUGGGUUACCUGCAAGUGGCUAGGUUACCCGCUAGUGGCUGGGUUACCCGCUAGUGGCUAGGUUACCUGCAAGUGGCUAGGUUACCUGCAAGUGGCUGGGUUACCCGCAGGUGGCUAGGUUACCCGCAGGUGGCUAGGUUACCCGCAAGUGGCUUGGUUACCCGCAAGUGGCUGGGUUACCUGCAAGUGGCUAGGUUACCCGCUAGUGGCUGGGUUACCCGCUAGUGGCUAGGUUACCUGCAAGUGGCUAGGUUACCUGCAAGUGGCUGGGUUACCCGCAGGUGGCUAGGUUACCCGCAGGUGGCUAGGUUACCCGCAAGUGGCUAGGUUACCCGCAAGUGGCUAGGUUACCCGCAAAUGGCUUGGUUACUUGCAAAUGGCUAGGUUACCUGCAACUGGCUAAGUUACCUGCAAGUGGCUAAAUUACCUACAAAUGGCUUGGUUACCUACAUAUGCCCAGGUACCUGCCUAGGUUACCUGCGAACUGGUUGGUUACCUACAAGAUCACUUACCGACUACAAAUGGCAGGUUUCCUACAGAUGGAAACAUAAAAAUGCGAGGUUACUUACAGAUUGAUUUACUGUAAACUGGGGGUUCUGUUGAGCAUGUUGCCUUGUAGACCAGCUAGUGACCUGGGCAACCACACUUUAACUUGGAAACUGACAUGGUCACCUGACUUUCAAAUAUCUCUCUGGUGAUGAGGACCUAUUUUAUGAUCAAAUUUAUUUGUUAUUUUAAAGCUUUCAAUCUUUAUUUGUUGUUAAGCGAAAAGAUCAAAGCCUGCUUUUUUUCAAAUAUUGUUGUUGACUUCAUCUUAUAUCAAACACAGCAUAUGAUUCAAAAUGCAAACUGUCAAAUGCAUGGAGCGCUUGAACAAAAUGGGGAGUAAUAUUGAUUGUCAAGCUAGACUGGCCAGGUGGAGGUAUUUUUAUGAACAUGAAAACAAUGUUGACUCAUUAAGUGGCAGAUCAAGAGACUGAGCCCAAAGUAUCUACUUAUGACAUACUAUACUUCUAAUUGAGAAAUAAAAUUAUGACUAGGUGUCACCUGAAUGUACAGUGACCCAGGGGACCAAUGGUAUGUAUGACCUAAUUGGGGUUUCCACUUAAACACUUCUGGUUGUCCAGUUUCCAGUGAUGAUAAAUACAGUCCAGACUCAGCAAGAGUGGCUACUCAUUCCUUUUUCUGUUUCUACUUAAUGAGAUUCAACUGGAUUAGAACUGAAUAGAAUUCCACGGUAAGGCCUUGGCAGUUGAUGUGGCAGUUUCACCAUCCAACCAAACCCAGUGAAAUCAGUCAAAACACUUCCAAUCCCACUAUGUUCAUCUAGGGUUACAGAGAAUCAUGGAGCCUUGAGCUUGAGAGUAGUACCCAGAGAUGAGGCUCCACAUUCGCCUGUGGUACCCAGAGAUUAGGCUCCACUCUCACCUGUUUUACCCAGAGAUUAGGUUCCUCUCUGGCCUGUGGUACACAGAGAUAAGGCUCCACUCUGGCCUGUUUUACCCAGAGAUUAGGUUCCUCUCUGGCCUGUGGUACCCAGAGAUUAGGCUCCACUCUAACCUGUGGUACCCAGAGAUGGGCUCCACUCUGGCUUGUGGUACCUGGAGAUUAUGCUCCACUCUGGCCUGUGGUACCCGGAUAUUAGGCUCCACUCUGGCCUGUGGUACCCAGAGCUGACAUGGGAUAGUAGGAGUAGGAGUCUGAUCAACAGAUAGUAUAGAGAGUGUGGUCGGAAUAAAGAGACAGAGAGAGGGUGGGAGGAAAAGAUAUAAAGAAAUGAGAAUUUGCACUUGUUGAUUUCUAACAGUACUACAUGUUGCUGACAUAUGUUUCCUUUGUAGUAAAGUAAUCAUGUCUGUGAUUAAAUUACAUAAACUACC